AUGCCAUCCCCCGCCUUCCCACAACUACCCAACCCAACCCAACCCUCCAUGUCCCUCCCAAAAACCAACAAACAAUGGCUCACCCACCAAGACCAACUCCAGAACCUAACUCUAACCACCUCCCCCCUCCCAACCCCCCGCCCCAACGAAGUCCUCGUAAAAAUCAACACCGUCUCCCUAAACUACCGCGACACCGAAGUCUGCAUGGGCCUCUACAACCACCAUAACACCACAGGCGGCACACCCCCCUCUCUCGUCCCCUGCUCCGACAUCUGCGGGACCAUAGUCCUCUCCUCCUCGCCUCUCUGGUCCGUCGGCGACAAGGUAUUAUCCAUUUUUAACCAGACGCAUCAACGCGGGCAGAUUGUGGAGGAGGAUAUGAAAUCCGGUUUGGGGUUGCCAUUGGAAGGGUGUUUACAGGAGUAUAGAGUUUUCCCUGAGGAGGGGUUGGUGAGGAAGCCGGGGUAUUUGAGUGAUGAGGAGGCGUGUACGCUGCCGAUUACUGGGGUGACGGCUUGGAUGGCGCUUAAUGGGUUUAGAGAGUUGGGAAAGCCCGGGGGAAAGGACGAGAGGGUUUUGAUUCAGGGGACGGGGGUGUUGCGGUGAUGGGGUUGGUUUUGGCGAAGGCGGCUGGUGCUGGGGGUAUAUCUUUUCCUUUCCUUUCCCUUCUAUCCCUUCUAUCCUAUUGCCUUCCUCUUGUUCUGCUUUAACCGAGUAUUAACCAUCCCCAGUAAUCAUAACAUCCUCCUCCGACACCAAACUCCAACAAGCGAAAACCCUCGGUGCAGACCACCUAAUGAAUUACACCACAACCCCCUCCUGGGACGAAACAGCCCUCUCCCUAACCUCCCAACUCGGACCAGAUAUAAUCUUCGAAAACGGAGGUGCCCUAACGCUACGUCACUCAUUCGCCUGCAUCAAAUUUGGCGGUUUGAUAAACUGCAUCGGGUAUCUAUCCGGGAAGGAAGACGCGCCUGGUGAUCGCCUGAAUACCAAUGUGCUUGCAUUAUUGCGGAAUGUUACUUUGAAGGGGAUUUUAAACGGCCCCAAAGAGAGGUUUGAGGAGAUGAUUGCUUUCAUGACGGAGAAGAAUGUGAAGCCUGUUGUGGAUAGAGUUUUCAAAUUUGAGGAGGCGAAGGAGGGACUGGAGUAUUUGUUUGGUGGGGGACAUUUUGGGAAAGUUGUUGUGAAGGUGUCGGGGUAG